AUUGUGUCUGAACCUAAACCCUAAUGUUUUUUUCCCAAAUUCACUCAUAACCAGUAACCUAAACUCUCUCUCUCUCUCUUCUGCCGCUCCAGUUGGGUCCUCCGGCCAACCCACCCCACUUCGCAGGUUCUCUACCCUUCAUAGCUAUCAGGUAAAUGAAUAAUUGAACGAGUUCAAGGAUUGACUCAACAUCUGCAGUUGAAAAUCAAUCAGCAGUAAGAUGUCUGGAACAGCUGUUUCUUCGACAUCAACAGGUAGUAGCCAAAAAGUUCCUAUGUUUGCUGCAAAGGCUGGGUUUGUCAUACCGAAAAACAAGUUGUCUGGUUCAUUGGUUCCCAUAUUCCGGGGAGUUAAAAAUCCUGGAGGCAGUGAUACUUUAAAUGGAGAAAGUACCAAACUGACUCCAAGGAAAACAAAAUGGGGACCUGAUCUGACCCAGGAUGCUUCUGUUAGGAGAGUGAGAGCCUUUGCUUAUCAGGUGCCACUAAGUGAUAUUACUGCCUGUGUGGUGGCACAAAUUUUUCCAGACUCGGGAGAUCAAAUUUAUCAGCAACUCAAAUCCGGAAUAUCAGAGCUUGGGUUCCCUGGCAACUCAGCAUCAGAUGCUCAAAGUCCAGAUCAUGAACUGUCCAGUCAUCUAAUAGCCAUUGAGAAGUUAGAAGAAUUGGAGCUCGAAAAGCGGGAAGCAAUAGGUGAAAUUCUAAAAUUAAAUCCAAGUUACAAGGCUCCAUCUGAUUAUAAACCUUUGAUGAGAGAGGCCAGAGUUUUCAUACCUGUCAAAGAAUAUCCUGGUUAUAAUUUUGUUUGGCUAAUAUUUGGGCCUGGAGGUGAGAACUUAAAACGGCUGGAAAAGGAAACUGGAGCGAAGAUUCAAGUAUACAGAACAAACAUAGAUAAUGGACAGAAGAUUGAGAUAAAACAGUCUGAUGGGAAUGAAGUUCACAAUACUUAUGAAGACUUAUAUGUCCAUAUAUCAGCUGACACAUUCGAGAAAGUAGAUGCUGCAGUUGCUGUCAUUGAGCUUCUAAUCACCUCAGUAAAAGGUAACUUGGCUUCUACAUCCACUACUUCUAAUUCAGCUUCUGCAGCUGAUGCCCGUGUUUCUUUAGGCCAGGAUGUGGCCACUUCUGACCCAGCUCAUAGUUCUGCAAUGCAACCGGUGCCAGGACCUACAUCAACGCCUCCACAAGGACAGGUUCAGUACUCUGGUCAAUGGUUUCCAGGAGGCCCACCACCUAACAUGGUGUUGCAUCAACCUUCCGGCUUCAAUCCACCCAAUUCUUCGGCUUUUGGUCUGAACAUCCCUGCCAACAUGUCAACCUCGCCUUUCAAACAUUCAAACAUGCCUUCACUGUUUGGCCCUCCACCAGGUCAAGGUGGAUUCAACUACAUUCCCCAAAACCCAAAUCUUGUUUCCCAUGAACCACAGCCACCAGCACAAGUUUUACAGCAUCAAUACAUGGCUCAGUCAGGUCCUGGCCCUUUUGGGCCGAGAAAUCCUUCUUUGAUGGCUCCACAGUUUUCCUCAGUUCCAGCAAGUAAUGCUUCAGUUCCAUAUCCAUCUACUGGGAGCCAACUUUCACCGAUGAGUUUCACCAGGCCUUCGAUGCCUUCAUUACCCCGACCUGUCUCUAACCUUCCACAAGGGUCUCAACCUGCCAAUACUCCACCAUCUGCAGGGUUCAGUAAUAUGGCUCCAAGGAUGGUCCAGACACAUUUACAUCAACCCGUAGUUUCACCACAUGCACCUGCACCUGUGUAUGGAUCUUUUGGGAACCCUACUUUAGGAUCCGCACCAAAUCCUCCGCCAGGCCCAUCUAUGCAAUCAGGAAUUCCAAGUUCUGUUUCUGGAAAUGCAGCAAAUUUUACUCCUGCAAAACCGCAAUUGCUAACAGCUCCAAGUUCUGGUAGUUUUACUUUUCAACCUCACCGUCCACAGAACCCACCCUCUCAGGCAGGUCCCAGGCCAAACAAUCAUUUCGCUCAGAAUGCUCCACCCACCAAUUCAAUAUUGCCAAGUCCAGCAUCCCAGUCUUUACGGAUGCCAAUGCCUAAUUUAUCUCAGUCUGGCAACCACGGGUUUUCAAGGCCACCAGUUGGCAACCACAUGGGCCAACCUCAAUCUCAUAUGCCUGUUAGUCCCUUUGCCAGAGAUCCAACUGGGAUGUCAGGUCCUUCCAGGCUUCCAACAUUUGCAGAUGGAAGUACCCUUGCACCAAGGAAUCAGAUGAUGCAAGGGGGGCCUGGGCCACGGAACUUUAGCCCAUCUCCCCAAAUUCCUAGUUUUCCUGGCCAUUUCCCUCCCAGGCCAGGAAAUCAUGCCCAGCAUCAAAAUUAUCCUGUUCAGGCAAGUCACUCCUUUGCUGCUUCUGGUAGAUCAGCUCCUGCUCCGGGAGAGCAGCAACUGUAUGAUCCGUUCUCACCAACGUCGAUGCCAAUUACACCGCAACAUCAGGGAGGAUUCCCUAGAAGGUGAAAAAAACAGGACAACAAUCUGUAGUACUGGGAUUUUAAUGGUCCUCUCUGAAUGAGAAAAUUGUUAGAUUAGUACAGCAGUACCUUCUGUGAUGUUACUAAACACUGAUAUUAUAGUUAAUGGUUGAUACAUUGUAAUGCAAUUUCUUAUGGGAUUAUUUCUUCUUUUUUUUUAAAUUGUAAUGCAAUUUCCUAGUGUGGACUUUGAAUCCAUUAGGCUCUAUAGUUGUACUGGAUUACAUUUAUUUGUGCCUGACCAAAUCCUCUUUCUAAACUCUGAUUACUUUCUUAAGAUGUGCAAUGUGAAAAUUUGGCACAUAUUUCGUGUGCCCACAUGUUACUUUUUAUUAUAAUUAUAAGAUGUGCACCGAGUGCUCAAUUUUUUUUCAAAA